AUGGAAGCCUUCUUUGGAACGUGGAAAUUGAAAGACAGUGAUGACGUGAGUGUGAUAGCUGAAAGCCUGGGGGCCAAAAUAUCUAAAGAGCAAUUGGCCCAAAUGUCGAAAUCGUCCCUGACCUUCUCACGUGCCGACGACGGUUACAGCAUGCAUGUGGAAGUCGGUACGAAAACCCACGAUACGAAAUUCAAGCUGGGCGAGGAGUUUGAGCACACAACAUUGGAUGGACGGCACGUUAAGGCAAGAGCCUGCCCUCUGUUCAUUCCUUUUCAAUACUUGUGUUACUGAAACAUCUCUAAGUCAAUUCUUUGAUAUUCAGCCCAAAAGAGCUCAUAGCCAGUUGUGGCUACCAAUCUCAAUCAGAGGAGACAGUAAUCCAAUUCUCACUGUCCGCUGUUAUGUGAUUCCGCUUGGAAAAUUCAAAUAUGGUUGACAAUAAACGGAUGAAUUGUUUUAUACUUACUGUUAUACUUAUUCAGCGGAACUCAUUAAAUGAAAUGAUGUGUAUAAAUAUUUGUAUAUGUAGUUUGCUUGCUUUCGAAAAGUUAGGAUACUCAAAUCGUGGAUUCAGUGACCGCUCCAUCACUCCUGAUUGCCUCGUUUAAUUCCAGACAAAUGGCCGCGAUGAUGGAUGACAGAAAAGAUUGACAGAGAGCAGUUUUAAAAACAAAGCAUUUGUGCUCAUAUACUUUUCAGAUGCUUAUAAAACUGGAAGGCAAAAAGUUGACAAUUGAUCAGAAAGGAGACAAAGAAAUGCUCAUUGAGAACGUUGCGGAUGGUAAUAAUUUAACCAUGGUAAGUAUCAGUCUGUCCUUACGCCUCCUCGUUCAUGUUACAGAUGAUGGGGGGCUUUCGCAUGUAAGGAUCGUGUAGAGUAAGAAUGCAUAAAUUCCCCUGGCCGGCCAGAUUUCACGAAGGGCACACUACCAGAACAAAAACCCUGGCAAACAACUGCAAGAGACAGUGAAAUCUGCCUGAUUCAUAAAUCUGUGUGUCUUUAACGGUUGCUGGCUGCCGUAUUUGACAGCAUAUAUGUCGUUGAUGGAAUUUCAUAUCGGAUGAGCUGACUGACUCAAAGUGCAUCAGCAGUUUGAGUCAGUAGAGCCUUCGAAGGACGGUGGUGGAAAACUCGAAGGUUCAAAAGGCAAAAGAAGACAGUUAUAUGGACAAGAUUUACUGAGACGAUGGAAGUGCAUAGUGGAGAAGCUUGCGACUGCGGCUGCGAAAUAAGAUCUUACCACGGAGGAAAGAGCGCGUGGGGAUGUAGUAAAACUGGGAUUUUCAUUUGGUCAUCGAUUUUUCAGUUAUUUCCCUUGCCGAAAUUUCGCCCAGCAGCGAACUCCUCCUCAAAUUUCUUUUUUUCCAUUUUUCAGACAAUGAAAGUGGGUGACGUCUCUUGUGUUCGACACUACAUCAAGGCUUAA